CCUCAGGCCGAGCGCACUCACUGCGGGCGGGAACUCCGCUCCCCGCCGCGCGCCUGGGCUGCUUCAGCGCCGAGCGGGGCCGGGCUGGCCGCGCCUCUGCGCCCAGCUCCGUCCCCCCGCCCUCCCGCCAGUCCCCGCCUCCCCGCCGGCCGCCCGCUGGAGGGGACAGGGCGGGGGACGCAGCCCGCCCUGGAGUUGCUCCGGCAGCUCGCGCCGAGGCUGCAGAGCGCGACUCGCCUUCCCAGCCGGCGGUGCCCAGCGAGCGGCUUCCCGGGUGCGCCCCAGCCCCGCCGCGGGACGGGCAGGGAUGGCGCGUACCUGAGCCCUGCCGUGCCCUCCGCCCAGCGCAGCAGCCAUGCCCGGAGACUUGCCCUGGCUCAACCUCUCCAGCCGCUCGGCGGCGCUGGGCAACGCGUGCGCGGCCGGCGCGGGGCAGCUGCUUCAGCACCACGGCCAGUUCUCCGCCGGCCUCUCGGUGCUGCUGGCCGCGCUCAUGGGGCUGCUGGUGCUGGCCACCGUGCUGGGCAACGCGCUGGUCAUCCUGGCCUUCGUGGUGGACCGGAGCCUCCGCACGCAGGGCAACUUCUUCUUCCUCAACCUGGCCCUCGCCGACCUCCUGGUGGGUGGCUUCUGCAUCCCGCUCUACAUCCCCUACGUGCUGACGGGCGAGUGGAAGUUCGGCAAGGGCUUGUGCAAGCUGUGGCUGGUGGUGGAUUACCUGGUGUGCACCGCCUCCGUCUUCAACAUCGUCCUGAUCAGCUUCGACAGAUUCAUUUCCGUUACCAAAGCGGUGAGUUACAGAGCUCAGAAGGGGAUGACUAGAAAUGCCAUAUUAAAGAUGAUAAUCGUAUGGAUUGCAGCUUUUCUUCUCUAUGGACCAGCCAUCAUCAGUUGGGAGUAUAUUGCUCAAAAAACUAUCCUGCCUGAAGGAGAGUGCUAUGCUGAAUUCUUCUACAAUUGGUAUUUCUUAAUGAUUGCUUCCACUAUUGAAUUCUUUACACCUUUCAUUAGCGUUACAUACUUUAACUUAAGCAUUUACAUCAACAUCAAGAAGCGCACUCCCAUGAGAAAUGAAAACCUAGCACCUGGUCAAGAGGACUGUGAAACAAGUUUCCAAGGGAAAAAAAGAGAGCAUGUAAUAUUUUUUGUAAAACCUACUGACAGACAGAGAGAUAAGAAAAGGAGAGCUAGUAGCCUUUCACCCACUAGACCCUGCGGUUCAAGGCUCAGCCUAUGUAAACUUGAUAACCAGUCCCUAGAUUUUAAUGUCGGUCAAGAUUUACCACCCUUACAGGUGGAUGUUGAGACUAAACAACCCAGGGGCAGUUUUUACAGAGCUAUAGAAAACGUUUGCAACGCUACAAGAAGAACAGACAUUGCCAACAGCAUGGCAAACAGAGUUAGACUUUCCCGGGACAAACGAGUAGCCAAGUCUUUAGCAAUUAUUGUCUGUGUGUUUGGUUUGUGUUGGGCUCCUUAUACACUUCUGAUGAUCAUUAGAGCAGCUUGUCAUGGGCAAUGUGUGCAUCAUUCUCUCUAUGAGACUUCAUUUUGGCUUCUGUGGCUGAACUCAGCCAUUAACCCGGUUUUAUACCCACUAUGCCACAUGAGCUUCAGAAAAGCUUUUAUAAAACUGCUGUGUCCUGGUAAGGCUAAAAUUCAUCCCCACAUUUUUAUGUAAAAAUGUGUAAGGAAAACAAGCAUGUUAUGUAGAAACACUACUUGCUUCUAAAAGGAACCUACUGGUGCUGCUUUGGUUUAGGUCCAUGAAUUAGGACUACCAAUGGUUACUUUAAGUCAGGAUAGGCUUAGAAGAAUUUAAAGAUCAAUAAAAAUAUAGCUCUCUGAUUUAUUUGUAACAGUGCAAUGCUAAUGCAUCACAACCAGAAAGUGGCCCUAGCUAGUCUGUUUCCAUUCAAAGCAGAAUGACAUGCAAAAAGGCAAACAGCAUUCCUAUGAAAAAAGUAAAGUAAGAGUUUGCAAAGUCUUUCUCCUUUAAUACUUUCAGGUGUUAACAGGUUAGGAUUUUUUCUUAAAAUAUUAUCUGUAACCUGAUAAAAUUCCCUGUAAUUACUUUGCAAUGAUAAAGGGUAGAUGACAUCUGCAGGCCACAAAAAUACAGAGUACAGAAAGUAAAAAUACUGCAAGAAUUAAUGUAAGUUAAAAUAUAAAGUCUAGUUUGAAAAGAUCUAUUUUUCAGAAAGAAACUGAUUAGAUUUACAGUAUUUUUAUCCAUCCACUGGUUUUAUUCCUCCAUUAAAAUAAUCAAACUGUACAGAGAAAGUUUAAGAAAACAUACGCUGUGUGUGGAUUUAUCAAUGUGUAAGCAAUAUUGCACCAUUUAUAAAACAACGCUGCACUAAGGACCGAAUUAAAAAUUCACUAAAGCUAAUCAUAGUCUCCCUUGGCUUAAGUGAGUUUUGGAUAGGGGCCCAAAUAUCUGUGCGUGUUCUUAUAUAGAAUAGCACACCUUCGAACUCUUGGGUAGAAUGCCAUACCUAAAAAACAGCAGCCUAUUUUAUACCUAUGUACAUCUAUAAAACAGAGUUAAAA